GGUCCUUCAAUCGACAACCAACUGAGUGAGUCUCUGCGAGUGUUUGCCAUUCAUCCAUCCAUUCAUCAUUCCAUCCAUUCAUCCAUUCGUCCAUCAAACUUGCUCUCUCUGUUUUGUUUGCUCUCUGUGUGCUCUUCACGCGUUCUUGAAGUACUUGUUGGGCCAGCAGCCGGGAUUGCCAUUGACGAAGCCACAGGAGCACCCCUCCAUGCAAGUGGCGCCGGGAGAGAACUCCUUGUUCUUUUUUGAUGGAGGGAUAGAGAAAGAAAGUCUUACAAGAUUCUGAGAUGCAUGCGUGUGUCCGCGUUGUACCUACCGGCCCAACCACUUCGGAAGCAGCUGCUGACGAAUGCGGGUGGGUCUAGCGUACGGCCGCACUCGGUGCCCGGCAGGCUCUCGUAGUCGAUGGGCACCUUGACGUCGUACCCUGUGUAGUCAAUCGUGUCCACCCCUGGUUUGAAAUGUCAACCAAUCACAGCAUGCACACACGGUGUCUCCCUCCCUCCCUCCGUGUGCAGGCGGAUCAUUCAUACGUAUACCGGGCAUGGUCUUGCGAGCGGACUGCGGCAGCGCUGAUGCAGCCUCGGGAACGACGGGCAGCUGCUGCGGCGCCUGCCUGGCCACCGGUGGGGGAGGUGCCUUCCUCUUGCUUGAUCGCCCCACGCCGCCUCUUGUGAAGGUCACGCUAGGCAACGGUCCCUCAGUGGGUGCCGGCUGGCACAGCACCUGUGGCAAUGGAAGCACCUCGGAUGGCAGGCACAACCUGAGACGCCUGACUGACUUCCUAUUGAGUCUUGUACCUCUAUGGUGCCGCACGAGAGAAGGCAGGCCGCAAAGAGAACCAAGGCGGCAACAGAGGGGGCCAUCUUCCCUCGGAGUUUCUCAGACCUAUGGUACUACACAGUUCUCAAACUGCACU